CAAAAAGCUGAUCUUCGUCGAGUAUUUCAGCGGGGAGGAACCUAGUACAGUUGCGACGAAACUCCGGACCUGGCAUAUGCCCAUGUCAUCGGCCGACGUUCGCGGUCUAAAGCCGGGGAAGUUCGUGGCGCGCUUUCAGCUGUUGUCAUCUCGAACAUUCCGCACUGCCGUCGUUCCGGCCUCCCAGCGGACAAUCGAAGACGACAUUCGGGCGAAGAAGACAGGUAUUGGUAGAUUAGCAGACUUUUCUUCUUUUUGGUUAGAAACAAAUGCAUAGUGAGCGGCACGCGACGAGUUGGAUGGGAGUCAGCUUCUUAGAUUUCAUUUGUGGCCUUUGCAUUACAAGACAUUUCCUUUCGGCCAUGCUUUCUAAUUUGUGAUCUGUGGUAAGCCAUAUCAAUGCAGCAUUGUCGUCAUGCCAAUAGCAAUUCACUAUGGCGCCUCCACUUGCAACAGGUCAAAUUCUUUCCGACGGUGGCGGGCGCAUUUCGAUCGGCCAGAUGGCCCGCGUCCAGGCACACCUCGAGAGCACCUGCGGCAUAUAUUUCGAGCCCGGGAGCUGG